ACCGUAAUUACGGAGCAUUCUUGUGGCAGGACUGUGAAUAUGCCUUAGGAUCAAAAAUGGUAAUCUUGAUUGCGGAAAUAUUCUUCCGCUCCUAAACAAUUUCAAAAACUUGCAAGCGAUAACAAGAAUCACAACAAUUAUAAAAAAAUGUCGUCAUUGAUUCCUCAAUGUUUAGUGGGUGGUGUUGGCUUGUUGCAUUUCUACAUUAUGGCCUUGGAAAUGUUCAUGUGGAAUACUCCUCGUGGACGAAAGGCAUUUAAUCUAACCGAAACCUUUGCAGAACAAACUAAAGUUUUGGCUGCCAAUCAAGGACUUUAUAAUGGAUUCUUGGGUGCUGGUUUAGUUUGGUCAUUAUUUUCAAAAUCUUUCAAUUAUGAAUUGCAAAUGUUCUUCUUGUCAUGUGUUGGAGUUGCUGGUUUGUUUGGAGCUGCAACUGCCAGUAGAAAGAUUCUUUUUGUACAAACAAUUCCUGCAGUAAUAGCAAUGCUUGCUGUUAAUUUCCUUUAAAUUAAAUUUAUUAAAAUUAUUAGAAAGUUUUUAUUCG